AUGUACAGAGGAAGGAGGUUCUUACCCGUGAAAUCGAUCUCUAAGAUACUCCCCAAAACAUCAGGCGCAAGACUUAUUGAUGACAAGUUCACGCUACUGACCUAUAAUAUGCUAUCGCCGCAUUACAUGUGGCCGCAAGUUUACAAAUAUGUGCCAGAUGCCUUCAAAGAUUGGCAAUUCAGACAUCAUUUGUUGCAAAAGGAGAUCCUCGAUGUUUACAGAGCUGAUAUAAUGUGUUUGCAGGAAUUGACCUCAUACGACUACCAUCAAUAUUGGAAAGGGAUCUUUAGAAGGGAUUUUCAUUACGGAACCAAGUUUAUUGCUAAAACUCCCCCCACAUAUUGGACAAAAAAGGUGAACGAUAUGGAUGGUGUUGGAAUUUUCUACAAUCUUGAUAAAUUUGAAUUUCUCUCAUCAUCCGGUAUAUAUUUAAACGAUUUACUGGGCACAUUUGACUUGAAAGAGAUCGAAUAUUUGCAAAAUAAAAAUAUUCAAUUAACGGACGGUGCUGGAAAACCUACUGAGGAGAAGAGUCUCUUGGAAAUCUUGAAGAGCAGAAACCAAGUUGGACUUUUUGUUUCUUUGAAGCAUAAGGACACAGGGACAAUUUUUGUUGUCGUAAAUACUCAUUUGUACUGGAAAUAUGAUGAGGUCAAGAUUACACAAUGCAUGGUGAUUAUGAGAAAAUUAUCCAAGAUAAUCAAGAAUCUCCUUAUUGGAGAAAAGGGCAUUACAUACAACAAAAUGAAGGUAGUCUUUGCGGGUGAUUUGAAUUCAGCGAGAGAUUCAUUAGUCGUGAAGUUCCUAAAAGGUGAAAAGUUCGAGCUAGGAAACAUUAACAUUAUUAAUCCGAUGAGGCCAUAUUUGAAUCGAUGUUUAUUUGAUGAUAUUCCAGAAGAUUACUAUGUUCAUACGUGCUACUCUGGAAAAUUAAAAGGCAUUUUCGAUUAUAUUUGGUAUCACGACACCGAUUUUGAGUUGACAAAGGUACUAACGGGCUCGGAUGUAUCACAAGAGCUAGAGGAUGCAAACCAAUUUGGAUUACCGAAUGAGAAGCACCCGAGCGACCAUAUUCCAGUGCUUGCGGAGUUCCAAAUACUUUGA